AUGACCUCCCCAUCACCAUCACAACCAUCCUCCUCCUCCGCGCCAUCGACCCUCCCCUCCUCACCCUACCCCUACGCCUCCGCCCCAGACAUCAUCCGCGCCCACCAGAAAGACGCCUACUACAAAGGCCACCUCUCAAACACCCUCACCUCCCUCCACCGCCUCCUCCUCGGCGCCCGCUCCGCCCACUCGGCCACCGCCCUCCACAGGCUCCUCGCAGACACCCUCUACCUCGGCCUCACCACCCUCCCCGGCAACCGCACCCUCGGCGAGGAAUACUGCGACCUCGUCCAGCUCCACGUCGGCGCCGCCGGCGACGACACCGACGACCCCUCCGGCGCCCUCCCCACCUUAGCCCGCCGCGCAUCCUACAUCGCGACAUCCGUCCUCCUCCCCUACGUCGCAGGCCGCGCCCUCCCCACCCUCCGCGCCCGCCUCCGAACCCUCCUCGAGCCAAAGGACGCAAUAAAAGCCUACCUCGCCACGAACCUCCCCUCCCUCACCUCCGCGGCGCCCAUCCACGCAGCGACCCUCGCAAUCUUCUACUUCACGGGCACCUACUACGAGCUCGCCAAACGCGUCCUCGGCCUCCGCUACGUCUUCACCCGCCGCGUCCCCGACUCCCCCGACCGCGCGGGCUACGAGGUCCUCGGCGUCCUCCUCGUCGCCCAGCUCGCCGUGCAAUCCUACCUGCACAUCCGCUCCACAAUCUCCGACGCCGCCGCCGCCGCGGCGGCAGCAGCAGCGCGCAUGCGGUCCAACAGCUCCUUGCUAGACGUCUCCCUCGACGCAAACGCCUACGCCGCAAACACGGGUCUCCUCCUCACGGAAACAGGAACGCCAGGCGGCAACGGCGCAGGGGGCAGCAAAGUCGACAUCUCGGCCGUCACACACACGCCCGUGAUCCCCUCGGCAGACGCCUCCAGCGAACCCGGCGCACGCUUUGAUUUAAGCGACGAGAAGACAAUGGCCUACAUCUCGGGCGCCGCGCAGCGGAAAUGCACACUCUGCCUCGAGGAGCUCAAGGACCCGUCCGCCACGCAGUGCGGACACGUGUUUUGCUGGACGUGCAUCGGGGACUGGGUACGCGAGAAGCCAGAGUGUCCGCUGUGUAGACGGGAGGCUAUGGUGCAGCAUAUCCUACCGCUGCGGAUUGCUUGA